AUGAUAGGCAUGAAUCAAAUGAAAAUAACAGGUGAAAUACAAGGUUUACCAAUCCAUAGUAAAUUUUCUAUACAUGUACAUGAAUUUGGUGAUUUAACAAAUAGUUCUAUAUCAAUAGUUGGUGAUGAAUUUGGUAAUUUACAAGUGAAUCAAGAAGGUCAAGCUAAAAUUGAUGUUAUUGACAAACGAUUAACUUUAUUUAGUCCAUCGUCUACUAUUGGUCGAUCAGUAGUAAUUAUUGAUGAAAAAGAGGAAGAGUUAGCACGUGUUGAAACUGAAGAAAAUAAAGGAACAACUACAGUUGCUACUAAUCGAAUUGCUGCUGAUGUUAUUGGUAUUUGUCAAUGA